CCGGUUUCACGGCAGCUGUGUUGGUGUAGAAGAAGAUGAGGCACCAGAUAUUGAUAUCUACCACUGUCCAAAUUGUGAGAAAACCCAUGGGAAAUCUACUUUGAAAAAGAAAAGAAAUUGGCACAAACAUGACACUGGUCAAACAACAGAAGUAAAGCCUGUCCAGAAUGGUAGUCAGGUGUUUAUCAAAGAACUUCGAAGUCGUACAUUCCCCAGUGCUGAAGAUGUGGUAAUAAAAGUGACUGGAAGCCAACUAACAAUUGAAUACUUGGAAGAAAAUGGAUUCACAGAGCCUAUUCUCAUUCCAAAGAAGGAUGGCUUGGGCUUAUCUGUUCCUGCACCAACGUUUUAUGUUAGUGAUGUUGAAAACUAUGUUGGACCAGAAAGGAGUGUGGAUGUUACAGAUGUCACUAAACAGAAGGACUGCAAGAUGAAGCUAAAAGAAUUUGUUGAUUACUAUUAUAGCACAAAUCGAAAAAGAGUCCUCAAUGUAACUAACUUGGAGUUUUCAGAUACAAGAAUGUCCAGUUUUGUAGAGUCUCCUGAAAUAGUGAAAAAACUCUCUUGGGUGGAAAACUAUUGGCCUGAUGAUGCUUUGCUGGCAAAACCAAAAGUGACCAAAUACUGUCUGAUUUGUGUGAAGGACAGCUACACAGAUUUCCAUAUUGACUCUGGUGGAGCCUCCGCCUGGUAUCACAUCUUAAAAGGAGAAAAAAUAUUUUAUCUCAUCAAACCAACCUCUGCAAACAUCUCCCUCUAUGAGCGUUGGCAGUCAGCAGCAAAUCACAGUGAGAUGUUUUUUGCUGAUCAAGUGGAUAAAUGUUACAAAUGCACAGUUAAACAAGGACAAACGCUCUUCAUUCCAUCAGGAUGGAUUUAUGCAACAUUAACACCCGUUGAUUGCCUGGCCUUUGCAGGACAUUUUCUACAUAGCUUAAGUGUUGAAAUGCAGAUGAGAGCAUAUGAAGUUGAAAGGCGAUUAAAAAUUGUCAGCUUAACCCAGUUUCCCAACUUUGAAACAGCAUGUUGGUACACAGGAAGACACCUGCUAGAAUCAUUUAAAGGACUGCACAAAGCUGGAAAGCAGCCUCCUUCUCAUUUAGUCCAGGGAGCAAAAAUUCUAAACGGUGCUUUCAGGUCUUGGACUAAAAAGCAGGCUUUAGUGGACCAUGAAGAUGAACUCCCAGAAAAUUUUAAGCCAGCACAGCUAAUUAAGGACCUUGCCAAAGAAAUAAGAUUAAGUGAGAAUGCUCUGAAAGUCAACAAACCUGAAGUGGGUGCUAAUGUGAAUGUUGAGGAAAUCAGUCCUGUGGAGAAAGAAGAAAUACCGUCACCUGCACCACAAACGCCUCCACCACCUCCUCCACCACCAUCGCCGCCUCCACCACCUCCACCGCCACCAGCUGAAAAAGUCCCUAAGAAAAAGACUCCCAAAGCAAUAAAAGCACCGAAACCCACCAAACUAUCUAAACCUCCCAAGCCCCCUAAGCCUCCCAAGCCCCCUAACCCCCUAAAGCCCCCCAAACCCCCCAAAGCCCCAAAAGUGAAGGGGGAAGGGAAGAAAAAAGGCAAAAAAGUUAAAGAACCGCCUCCACCUGCCAUUCCAAAUUUAGACCUUCUUGAGGCCCACACAAAAGAGGCCCUAACAAAGAUUGAAACACCAAAGAAGGGAAAGGUUGCCAAGAAUGCUUUGAAUACCCCUAAUAAAGAACCCGUUGAUAAACAAAAUGAAGUGGAAAAGUUUGAGGUUCGGGAGCAGAAUAAAUCCAAAACAGAAGCAAAAUGGAAAUAUAAGAACAGUAAACCUGAUUCAUUACUAAAAAUGGAAGAGGAGCACAAACUGGAGAAGACACCGCUAUCAGGAAAUAAAGACAAUAAAUUUAUGUUUUCCUUCUCCAACAAGAAAAUACUGGGAUCAAAAGGAAUGAAAACUCAGCUGAAUCCUGGUAUAUUUGGGUCACAGCAAAAUUUCAAAGAAGAUAAAGCAAAACCUGUGAAAGAUGAAUAUGAAUAUGUCUCAGAUGAUGGAGAACUGAAGAUAGAUGAAUUUCCAAUUAGAAGGAAGAAAAACACUACAAAAAGAGAUUUGUCAUUUUUAUCAGAUAAAAAAGAGACCACACAGCACACUCCAGUUAAGAAGCCAAAAGUGGAAUCAGUAUUAUACAAGAGUGAUGACUCCUCUGAUGAAGAUUCUCUUCACAUUGACACAGAGGCCAAGCCAGGGCGCAAUUCUAAAGCGAAGAAAGAGACUGGAAGUUCAGCAGGCAUUCUAGAUCUUUUGCAGGCAAGCAAGGAAGUUGGGGGUUUAGAGUACAACAGCAACAGUCAACCACCUGCAUCUCCCAGCACACAGGAAGCUAUCCAAGGAAUGUUGUCAAUGGCAAAUCUCCAGUCUUCAGAGUCCUGCCUACAGCCUUCAUGGGGCACCAAUCAAGCUAAGAAUAAUUCUAUCUCUGCCCCCAAUUCCAAAAAAUCUGGAAGCAGCAACAGCAAAAAUGCAGGCAAACGAUUAUUGAAAAAGACUGCAAAAAACAACAUUGAUAUCGAAGAUUACGAUGAGGACCAGGACCACUUAGAUGCCUGUUUUAAAGAUUCUGAUUACGUUUAUCCCUCCCUUGAAUCAGAUGAAGAUAAUCCAGUGUUCAAAUCCCGAUCAAAAAAAAGGAAAAGUUCAGAUGAUGCACCAUACAGCCCGACAGCAAGAGUUGGUCCAUCAGUACCACGGCAGGACAGACCAGUCCGAGAAGGUACAAGAGUUGCUUCUAUUGAAACUGGACUGGCGGCAGCUGCUGCCAAAUUAUCUCAGCAGGAGGAGCAAAAGGGCAAGAAGAAAAAGAACACCAAAAAGAAGUUAUCUCCCAGCAAUGCCAAUAAAGUCCCUCAGGAAGGCAGCUCUCCUGAACCCAAGCUGGAGUGCCAUAGCAGUAGCUUAGCAGACCAUGAGUACACAGCUGGUGCCAGCACGCUUGGGGUGGCUCAAGUGAACAGAGGAUCUCAGCCCAUGGCCCCAGGAGUUUUCCUUACACAACGGAGAGCCUCAUCGUCCUCGCAGAAUAAUGCAGCUGCCAAAGGGAAACGUACAAAAAAAGGCAUGGCCACAGCUAAACAAAGGCUUGGGAAGAUUUUGAAAAUUCAUCGGAAUGGGAAACUUCUCCUUUAAAAUCCGGUCAUAAUUGGGACUAUCAAAGUUCAGCAUAUCCUGAGCUGUCACACUAACUCUUCAACUCUUGAAGGACUCCAGUAGUAUUGUGCAACAUCUUAGGGACAAUACCAGUUAACUUUUUGCCACCACUUUAAUAAAUUCUUUUUAACUUUCAGCAGUUAAAACCUGUACAGAUACUGCUAUAAAUAUUUUUUAAUAUAGAUGUCCUUUCUCAAAUUGCUGAGAGUGACUAGUUCGCAAAAAGUUAAUACUCCAAGACACUGAGGAUCAUUCCAGUUUUAGGAAAGUAUCCCCUUUAACUUGUUUAUAAGUGAAGAAAAAGCUGUUGUUUUUAAGAGUAUGCACAUUCGUUUCAGUUACACUUCUUUUAUCAAAACUGAACCAAUUUUAAAGAGGUAUCUGGUUAAGAGGCAGAGUUUUUAAAAAGUUCCUCAAAUUGACUUUUAGACAAGGGAAAGAAAUUUCUGCCAUGACUAUUUGUGAUAUAACACAUGCAUGGAACAAUAUGCAUAAUAAAAUAUCUAGUUUUCUUUAUCUGGCUCAUGAUAAAUAUGAUUUGUUCAGUAGAGAAGUUAAAAUUGCACUUCAGCACUGCUAAAACUUUCCCUAUAACCAGACAUUGGAGAACUGUGGAUAAAUUAAUUUAUUUUAUGUGCAAUGCAAGAUGAAUUCUUAGACAUUAUGGAUUACAAAUCCAAUUUAAUUGGGUAAUGAUUUGGAUGUCCUGUAGGUAAAUAAUGAACUGGUGCAGUUCUUUGGAAAUCAGUAGGGUUUUUUUUUUAAAAUUAGCUUUGGUUGGUGUUGGAUUGCAACCUUUUCGCUGAUAAAUUUUCAACACUCCCCAUUUCUUAUAUAUAUAUUUUGUGUUUUACUUUAGCCCCUAUGGUAUAUUUCCCAUGCUCAAUGUCUCUGUUCUCAUAAUUGAAAGUCAAUAAGUGAUAGGAAUUAAACAUCAGCAAACAGUAACAACCCUCCUCUCCCUGCUAAAAUCUCACAGUUAUGUAUAAUUGAGUAAAACAUUACAAAUGAAUUGGUACCUAAAAAUCAAGAUCUGAAAACACUGACUCUUGACUGUACUUGUAUAAGAUGGUUUACAACCUACAGGGGCUAAAGCAAAAUCAAGCCAACUAUAUUAUAUCUUAGUAUGUUGUGUGAACCAGGCCAUCAACUUAAGCCAUCAUGUUGUUUGCUUUGGCUUCACAUAUUAUGUGAAUAGAGCCACUGUAGUUUUGUAACCCAUAGUUCACAGAUUAAUGUGUUUACAUCCGGUCUGAAUUUGAUCGUUUCUUUUCUCUUUCUCUCUCUCACCUGUUCUAGCUAAAGUUUGUUUACAUGACCACGGAAACUGGAAGUAUUUCUUCCCCUGUGCCAGUAAAUCCAGCAUAGCUGUUUUGAAAUUAUCCUCAUUAAUUUCCAGCAUAUGGAACUCUGUAUGACAUGGCAGGGUGGAAUCAGCCAUUAACAUUGUAGCUUCUGCGUGGGUGCUCACAAUGCACUGAUAACAUGCAAAAUGAGAGAAUAUGUAGGAGAAGAGAUGCCACCGUUUCAUCCUGAGAUGAUGCUGCCAGCACCCUUGGCCUGCAAAGGGACAGAGUCUCAGUUUUAGUUGUGUGACCUGAGUGGGUGGCAAGCAUAUCACCAACGUAUUAUAAGGUGGCAUCCUUAGUCAAAUAUCCCCUUGCUUAUUUUUUGAAAGGGCUUUUGAUCUUUGCACCUACAUUCAUGACUACCUUUUGCCUUAUAAAUCAUUUAUGUUGUCCUGAGAUGAAACAAAUGAAGACAAAGGUAUUAUUCACCAGUGGCUCUGUUUUUUCACCUUUAGUUCCCUGGAUCAUGGAUUAAUCCCUGGAUCAUGUAAACAAACCAAGCAAAGAAGUUGUUGUCCUGGGACCACAAGCACUUACCUUCUGCCCUAUCACCAAACCCUUUCCUUUGAGCUGCAUAUCAGGAGAAAAAGUGCCCCAACAAAAUUGUUUUUUUCAGAAAGGAACCCACAUAAAACGUUUUAGUGCUUGUGAACCCCUUUAAUAAUAUAAAAUAAUGGAUCAGCCAUUUGUAGAAGCCUCAGUUGCAAGCCAUGUAAUGAGGUGGAAAGAAUGUGCAGCCCUAUCAGAGAGGUAUUGGAAGCUUGUGACCUUCAUAUCAAAGCACUUCCUUUCAGAUAUGCUCGUCUGAAGGAACAAGGGCUGUGCCCACCUAGGGGUCAGGCCAGAUGAGAGCCAAGCUUAUUGACAGUUGAACUGGAUACUUGUUGCUUUUGAACUCUCUUAGUGUUUGGUGUAGAAUGCAUUAUAUUUUACAUUAAACUUGCUUGUCUGCAUAUAAACACUUAGAGCACAAUCCUAUGCAUGUUUACUCAGAUAUCAAACCUGUUGUGUUCCAUGGAACUUAGUCUCAUGUAUAGAGUACUAUGUACAGGAUUGUAGCCUUAAGGCGUUACAUUUGUUUCUCAGGCAAUUCCAGAUUUUCAUUUAUAGAUAUGUGUCUGAAAGCAUAUUUUUUCAUAGAAUCUAGCCUGUAAAUAGCUUUUUAAAGUACCUUCUUUUUUAUAAGAUCAAAGUAUCUUUAGACAUUUCUUUCUAUAGAAUAGUUCAUUAACCUUUAUACAAAUUUUUUGCUGAGUAUUUUGCUGGGUAUUUUAGGUUCUUGACUCUGAAAGAGAUACUCUGUUUUUGUCCUUGAUUUAAAAAUUACUUUUUUCUCCCUUUUUUAAUUUUGGCAUUGCCUGAAAAACAAGUAAAAUUUUGUGCAGCCUUAUACAGAAUCAAAUAAUAGUACAAAAUUAUCUAUUUAAGAUACAAUAUGAAGAAGAAUCUUCGACUUUAUAAUACCAGCUCCUUGUCUCAAUUCUUGUAUUAUGAGGGGAUACAAUUAUUUUAUUAGCACCUUGUGAAGUGUUUCUGUGUUUUGUGAUGAUGUAAUUUAUUAAUGUUUGUAGCUUUUUAUAUUUGUACAUUUCUUAUGAGCUUUGUUUAUAUACACAUUACCUGGAUGUGAUGUCCAUGAGGAAAAAAUAAAACAGCUAUAGAAAACAACUGAGGCCUUAUUAACUAACCUUUCUAGUUAUGGUGGGAGACUGGGUCUGAAUUCUUGGCGUCAAAAAUGUUAGUUGAAUAGGGCCCCAGGGUUAAGCAAGUUUUUUAAAGCUUCCCUAGUAUACUGUUAUUGUCAAGCAUUUAUAUAACGCAGACAUCAUGCUGGUUUUAUUAUUAUUAUUAUGUUUAUGAUUAUUAUUUUCACAACAUGUACAUUUCUAACAAAGUUUAUUGUGGCUAUCUAUUACAGUGUUUUAUUUACCAGUUCAUAUCAAAUGCUCUUGUAUCAAGUCCAUGAAAUCUAAGUAAACUUAGAUCAAAAUUUUAAAAGUAAAAUA